GUCGACAUUAUUUAGUGGGCCACCGUAUCACUAUGCUCUUCACGGCUGCUGCUGUCGUUGCUCUGGCUGCUGCUCUCCGCGUCUCUGCGGUACCAGCCCCUGUCGAGGCAUGGGUUUCCUCUCUGACAAAUAUGUCUGCCUCCGACCUUUCUGCCCUUGCACCGUACACUCAAAUGGCAAGGGCAGCCUACUGCGAUCCAAGCAAGGUCACUGGUUGGCAAUGCGGCGACGCAUGCAACGCAGUCCCAGGUGUCCAGAUUACCACCACAGGCGGUGAUGGUGACAGUGUUCAAUACUAUUACGUCGGCUAUUAUCCCACCGACAAUUCUGUCGUUGUUGCUCACCAAGGCACCGACCCCACACAAUUUUUGUCUGACCUGACGGAUGCUGACAUCCCAAUGGAGAACCUCAACUCUACCCUUUUCCCCGGUGUCGACAGCAGCGUGCAGGUUCACAAAGGCUUUGCUGACGAACACGCUCAAACGGCCGACAUUAUCCUGUCUGCGGUCAAAAGCCUCAUCUCAUCGACUGGUGCAACCAUGGUCACUCUGAUUGGACAUUCGCUCGGCGGUGCUCUGGCUGAGCUCGAAUGCAUGUACAUGCACCUGAACCUUCCCUCCAACAUUGCCGUCCGAGGGCGCACCUACGGCACGCCGCGUGUCGGAAACGCCGCAUGGGCCUCCUUCUUUGACUCUUCCAUUUCGGACUUCAUGCGCGUCGACAACGAGAAGGACCCGAUCCCAAUCUGCCCUGGCCGUUUCCUCAACUACUCUCACGUCCAGGGAGAGGUUCACAUUGUUCAAACCGACUACGCUGUCGAGUGCCCAGGUGAUGACGACGCCACUGAUGCCCAGUGCACGAUCUCGACCGUUCCUAACGUUGCUGAUGGCGAUAUUCUCAACCACCUUGGCCCUUACCAGGGUAUCUACAUUGGCACCAUUUACUGCACGUAGAAGAUGCCUUUUUAAUUACC